CACAAUUACAUGUGAGAUUGCACAAUGACCCGUUCGGCGGUGUUCUAAAUUGUGACUGUGAAACAUUUUAAAUUCGCGUAACGUCGAACUUGGAACACGUUAAUUUGGAUACUUAAACAGGUCGUCGUUUUUAAAGCAGGAAAAAACAUGACCCUCAAGAUUUGGAUAUUUCCUGUCAUUGUCGCUACUUCUGUCGCAACGGUGCUGGCAUCACCAUGCUCCAUGCAGAACCGCACGAGCAAUCUGCUCAACUGCAUUACUGGGAUCAAGACGCGAUUCAUGGACAACGACGCAUUUUGGUUCGGGAGCCAAUACGCUACAAGGUGUCCGCUAAAGGGAGCCAGCUAUGACCCAAAGUGCACCAAUUUACGGCCGGACACUGCUGACAGUUUUGGAACCCGGUUUUUCCAAAGCAGCGCGAUUGAUUCCCUGGACAGGUACCUCUCUGUGCGGUUCGAAUCUAUCGGAAGAAACUACACCGGAUGCGGUACGACGUUCACCUGGGACGGAAAGGAGAGGGUUAAUAUAGACGUCGACCCACUUUCAGAUGACGUUGAGACGCCGUGGUUUGUUAGAAACACACCCAACAUAACCUGGAGUAGUAACGCUACAGAUUACUACACGCUGAUUGUUUAUGACGCCGGAUACAUGAUCUGUCAUGGCCUUUACGUUAACGUCAGGGGUAAUGAUCUCAGCAGCGGACAGGUUGUUAAAGAGUACCACGGUCCGAAAAGAAGCUUCAUUCUACAGAACCCCUACAUAUUCCUGCUUUUCAAGCAUUCCCAACCGGUGAAUGUGACGGCAGAACUUAAGAACGUAAUUUUAAACCCCAACUGGAGCUAAAAAUGGCCAAUUUACGACUUCGCGCAAAAUCUCAAUAUGGGAGAUCCUGUCGCUGUGAACUGGGUGGUUGUCACGGGUGACGAAUAUGGAGCCGCCAUGUCAGAGAGUUUUGGAUUAUUCUUUUGCCCGGAUUUCUCAACAAAAGCUUUGCAUCGAGUACCCCGCCCAUUCUUCAGCAACUCGACUCAGUUGUCUGUCUGGUUGGACGUUACCAUGACGACUACCAGUCUCAACUACUCAGUCUGCUGUAACAAAUUCACAUUUGGAGCUGGGGCCCGUAAGUUGGACCCUAUAGGGAACCGGAUCUACCACACUGCGGAUGUGAGGAGCGAGGCC